AUGAUGGCUUACCUGCUGAAGUACUACACCUUUUCGACAAAAAUUCGUACCCUAAGUGAAUUUCAUAGUCGUAUAGCAUGCAAUCAACAACCACCCAGUGCUGCCGAAAUAUUAACAACGUUACGGUAUUUUCAUCAAACAUUGAUAGGCAUGCAAUCAACAACCACCCAGUGCUGCCGAAAUAUUAACAACGUUACGGUAUUUUCAUCAAACAUUGAUAGGGAUAUGAUAUUGGUGUUAUCAAAAGGUACAAGCGAAGCUCGUAUUGCCGCUGCUAAUUUAUUAUUCCACUAUUGGCCCAUUCAUAAUAAGCAUAUUUUGCAUCGUAAAUCAGUUCAGUAUCGAAUUCAAGCUUGGACAUGUAUGCCAUGUCAGAGUAUCAAAUGUGUGGACAAAGAGCCAAGUGUUCGGUGCUGCUUUGAUCCAUUAAUUUGUAUAAAGUACGGUGAAACAGCCCCACCAAUAUCAUUAUGCAAAAAAUGUGCUGAAAUGGUAGAAAGUGAAGACAAGAUAGCAACGAUACCAAUUUGCAUGCCAAUAUCUGCAUCAAGUAAUGCAGGUUGUGAGUCGUCAAAGCCGCUUGCUGUAGGUAUAUGCUUCUCGGAAGAUUGCACUCGAUCACAUCAGUAUGUUCCGUUGCGGCUUUGUCAAGAGUGUCUUGUUGCGCUUCACAGCGUCAGUAGUAAGGAACAUAUCAAUCAUCGUGGUAUGGAAUGCGCUUGGGGAACAGAGCUUGAACGAGAUGUUGUUGAAGCUAUUGUUAAACUUCUGAAGGAAACUUCUGCUAAUUUAGAAGAAUCGGAAACUGAGGGCAAAAGACCGAAAUGGUUACGACAACUGGAAGGUGGUCAUACUCUCGGUCGUGAGAUCGAUAAAAUGGCUGAUGAACGACGGACAUUAAGCCGUUUCGGUAUUUGGCUUCUUGCAACUAUCUGUCCACCUGUACCAGAAGCUAGGCCGCAAGCGAUCGCCUAUAUGAUGUCAAUGUUAAUGCAGUGGUUUGCAACAACCGCCCUAUUACCUAAUGAUGCUAUCGGUGCUGCAUUAGAACAACUGAAGACUGAUUUUGUAUUGGAUUGGAUUAAUUUGGCAAUUAUGAAUCAUUACGAAAGCUUUCUUGAAACUUUAAUGCCAAAUCCGCCAGAGUAUGCUCAGGCUUUCAACAAAAAAGAACAAAUGCGCGAUGGACUUCAUAAGCUAUUAGCGAUAAUGCCGUAUGAUAUUAUUACGCUGAAUACGUGGAAUCGAUUAAUACCACAAUGGAUGCAAAGCAUAUGUGAUUUGAUGGAGAACGAUGACUUUUCCGAGUUCAAAAUACUACUUAGCAAAAUAUUUGAACCAGAUCUUCGUCCCUUACCUUUUAAUAAUGAACAGCUGUAUCAGUUUGUCACGGAUCAUUUGACAACAGGCGAUGAAAAAAAUAUUUCAAAUGCACUCGACUGGAUUUAUGCCUUGUCAUUGAUGGAGAUUUCAAUCCCACUAUCAAUCUUGCUUGACGCAUUCUCGAAAUGUGCUUUGCGAAUAUCACAGAUGGAAUCAAAGCGAAAUAAUGAGAAUGGUUUGGAGGAGGAAAAUAUAUCUCUUUAUGUUUCCAUGAUCGAUAUCAUUUCUCAGCAGAUAUCUUUAAAUGAUCAAUUACAACAUGAAGUAAACAUGAUGGCUGAACCGAUCUUUUCCACAUGUGCCGUAAUACUGCAAAAACCAUUCGCACAUUGCAAACAUAGUUGUGAUAAUCCGGAAUUGGAUGAAUUUCUGGAUUGUUCGGCUUGUCAACAAUCUGUAUUUGUUUAUCAGACUGUUGCUCAACUUAUGAAACGAUUAUCUCCCAAAGAACAACUUCGUAUAUCAGUUCAUGCUGAUGAGCCAAUAAUUGACUGGAAAAAGCAAAUUGCUGAUAUGUCGCCAAAACAUUCUCUGGUUGAUAAAUCUGCUCCAUCAGCUGUGGCACCAAUAUCGGAUGCUCUGCCAUCAUCGCUUACCCAAAAGUCAGAAACACCACAGCACAGUGUUGAACUUCAAUUUCAAACGGCUACUAUCCAUGAAACAAGCAUCGAAUUUGUUGACCUAUUAUUUAGUGAAGAGGUAGAAACAGCUGUUGCACACGCAACAACGUUGACGGAGACAGAUGUAGGACGUGAAACGUGUCAUAUUAUAACAUCGUCGUUGGUAGAAAAUGUUAAAGGAUCACCAAUGGAAGAUACAGUGGAAAACCAAUCAACAAAAUUUUGGAAUACUUCGGUGGGACGUUUCCGCUUCGCACUCUCUGAUUUGCCAUCUCAACUUCGCCUUAUCCAUUCCAUCUUAACGAAUCUGGAAAUGGAACAUGAAGCAGAUGCGCACUACUUCAUGCUUACAACAGUGAAAUUUUUAUGUCUUCACUGUGAAUCGUUGUUGAACGCUCGUCGUGAACAUCGAGGUUACUUGAUUUGGGCGCAGGAAAAUUUACUCAUACCAAAACUAUGGACUUUACUUCGUUCAGAUCGCUCACAGUUAGCUGAACUAGUAAUUCCAUUAAUUAUGCAUUGUAUAACAUUACCAAGUGGUGAAGAGAUGUUCUGGAAAGUGGUUAAUUCACAGUUCAUCGAUCAACGAUGGGAGGAACGAUUUUCAGCUGUGGAACGAUCAAGUGUACUUCUCCAAUUAGCGAAUGCUUUGCCGAUUAACUCAAACAAGGUAAUUCAAACGAGCCUAAGUUGUUGUAUUACACAUCUGAUUGCAUCAGUAGAUGAUCCGAAUGUAGCUGUUGCUCAACAGGCAUUACUAUCCAUUCAGCAUAUGCCUUCGGCUUCUUUAAAGUUGAUGUGUCUUUGUUUGGAAUCACAAUUUGAUAGUUCAAUUCUGGAUCGAGCAUUAAUUAUCACCAGAAUCCAGCAACUUACAUCAAUCGUUCCGGAUGAGGAGAUUCUGACAUGGGAGUUUUUUAUUCAGCGAUUUGAAGGACUUGCUAUUGAGAGUCAAAUUCUUAUGAAGAAUAACGAAUCUAACUUUGUGCAUGAUCUGACUCAUUCGGAUCCAUUAAGUGAAUUGUACCAGCGAAAAGUAACUCGUGCCCGUCAGAUCAUUGAGAAUAGCUCCAAUGCUCGAUCGAUCGUUCGAACUUUACUGAAUAAUUCAAUGUGGCAUCAGCUCAAUACGGCAACAUUUCGGCCAUCAUCGGAAGAAAUGAAAGAAUCGUUGCAUAGUUCAUCGCAUGCUAGCGGAACGUUUUCACGUCCACGAGAAUUUACGGAUGAGGAGAGUAAUAUGUGUUUGUUAAUGAAUCGAGUGGUUGAUAUCGACAAUCCGGAACGGUACAUUGUCUACCUGACAGUUUCGUUAUUUGUAUCGUUCCUUUGCAAAAACAAAAGCGGUGAUGAAAAAGUAAAUGCUAAAAAGCAAAGUUUGCUUUUUCGACAUUUCAAUGCACUCAUUGGCUACAGUAACUCCGAGAAAUGCUUCACCAUACCACCCAAGAUAUUACGCAAAUCAACUGUGUGCAAUAGCUUUUUAAGUGGUUUGCCGGAAAUUUUGGAUUCCAACUUGGUGGUGGGAAAUCAGAUUUUGAUGCUUGGCGUACAACUCCUGCUUCAUUUGCCAUCUCCUCAAAAACUGGCCAGUGAUCAACCAUUGGUUGAAUAUUCACUUACAUUAUUAGACGUUAGCGCUCGGCAUUUCUGGCUCAACGCAGUCAUUAUUAUCCUUUAUAAGUAUCGAUACGAUGCACCACCUCUUAGCGAAUAUUUGCAAAAACUUGUCUCAAUAAUUAUCUGCACUCUUGAAGCUGAGGUUCAUGUCUGUAAUAUAAAAGCACCACCGAUAAAGAUUGAAAUGGAUCCACUAUCAAGUUCUGAUGAGGAAGACUUGGAAAGUGAUUGUGGUACUGAUAAAUUACAUCGACCUGAAACCCUUGCUGUUCUAUGCUCAAGAGCUAAUUCUGUCGUUGAUGUAAAUGAAGGAAAAUUGGAAGCGAUUGACGAAGAAGGUAUUGAGGAUGGUAGGAAGCAAGCGGAUCGAACAAAGCAUCGUUACCGGAAAACAACGAAUAACGUAAUCAUGGACAGACGUACUUAUCGAUGUGGUUACUGCAAUGAAUUGCUCGGAAAUUUUGAUGAAGAAACGCUGUCGUUGUGUAUGAUUUCGUUGGAAACGUUUGUUCAUCGAGAACCAGCGAUGGCAGCACCUCUGCUCUUCCGUAUCAUCAAUACUGUUACCAGACUAAUUGAAAGACCAUUAUAUCCAUGGCACGAUACAUUGGUAUUUGUUGCCGGAAAUUGUCGAAGUGUUGCAAAGCAGUUAAUUCGUGUUUUGCUACAUCAACUAUCAUCAAGCGGAAUAUUCUUGCAACUGUUUGAUAUAAAUAUUGAACGAGUCAGUCAGUUCUGGUCUACAAUAUCAUUCGCUUUGGCUGAUUUCCCUGAAUUAAAUCCAGUUUCUGUUAUCCAGUAUUUGUUAGAAGACAUCCUAGAAGACUGGCCCAAUCGGUUAUCCCGAAUUUUGUUUAAUUUGUCAACGUAUGUCGAAUAUGUAUCACCUGAUGCAUAUUUCUCGCAUUGGAAUAUCGUUACUAAUCUACUCGAUUCAUUCUUUCGUCAGUAUUUUUCCAAAAUUCAAGUGCAGACUGAUAGAAAUCCGAUCCGUACUGAAUUCAAAAAUUGUAUCGGCAUAAUGGUAGCUGUUCUACGAGUGCAUAACUUUUCCACAUUUAAGAGCUCAGUAUCGCUUGUAGAGGUGUUUUCCAAGUGGCUUACAGAAGCAUUACAUGAAUGCAAAGCUGAUCUAUUAGAUCUUUUGGCUGUUUGUACGGCAUGUAAUCGAGCCCUAUUAAGGGAUCGAGAUAAGCAAUUUUUGACAAAAGCAAUUGUCUCGGAGCUUGUGCAAGCAUUGAAAUUUAAAUGUGAUAUGAAUGAGCAUAAUUAUAUGGUAGUGAUCGAAUUGAUAUUGCAAGAUGCUGGUGAAGAUGUUUCAGAAGAAAUUGCUGAUGAUCAGUAUAAUACGGCAGCUUGUGAUGCAGUCCGACCACAUAUCUUUGAUUUUAUUGAUUUUAUAUCCGAUUUACAUGUGCUGACUGAAAUUAAAAAAAUCACUAAUUCUGAUAGCAUUGGUGGCGAUAUCAAAUCAUCAGUGGCACAAAUUGUUGGUGUUGAAAUGAGCCGAUCAGGUGUGCGUGAUUCUCGAACUGUGAAUCGUUACCUGUCAUGGUUAAUGUCACCGCCAUCCGUGACGCAAUCUACGCCAAGUACGUUUGCGGAAGCUGUAACAAACGUACGAUUACUCUCAUGGCUAUUACUUGGAGCACUUCAGGCUAAUCAACCAUGUUUACCGAUACCAAUUAAUUGCUCACAAUACAUGGCUGAUUACAUCCAUUUUGUACUGGCUGGUUUUGCUGAUCAAUCAAAGGAAUCAGUCGUCCAUAUGUCAGCACUUUUUCAUGCUUUUCAUUUGUGUCAACUGUGGACUGUUUACUGCGAACGAGCUACGCUAACAUCAGACGAUCCUCAACUCCCCUCAUUAGCGAAUAUUUUGGAUUUCUGGGCUCGAGUAACACCAGCUAUUCUACAGCUUUUAUCACAUUCCAAAGUGCUAGCAGAUAUGGUUAAUUUACAUUUCCUGAAUACAAUGCAAGCCCUGCGACAGUGUAGCUCAGCGGUACUUGGCCAACUGGGUGCCAUGUGGCAACCGAUCCUAACCGCUUACCAUGCACAGAUUCCCAGUAAAUUACGAUUAAAAUUGGAUUCUUGCGAAAACCAACCGUCGUUGAAUUCCGAACCGUUGCAACAAUGGCUUAAAGGUGUACGCUAUAAAAUUUCACAAAUUGAAUUGCAAACUUCCGCAGCAUCACCCCUCUAUAAUGUGUAAUAUAUCUACACUGAUCC